AGGAGAGCUCUUGUAAUCAUACAAGAUCUGCAACACAUUGGACAUGAUUGGUGUCGGUGAUUCUAGAUCUAUAGUAUAAUAUAAGGCCUAAGACGAGUCUAGAUCUAAGUGUAGUAAGACAGAAGUGUAAAUAUAUAGAUCUAUAUAUUUAGAUAUAUAUAUAAACUAGGUCUAAAAUCUAAAAUAAACAAUGACUAAAAAUAAAAAUGAGGCUGUACAAUUUGACAGCAACUCAGAAGACUCUGGUGCAGAAAGUGAGAAUGAAGACAGGCUUUCAUCAGAAUCAGAUAAGGACUCAGAAGAAGGGCACCAGAAAAGUGAUGGGAAGUCCGGCAUGGCUGGAGUCAUUGCCAGGAUUUUAUCUAAAGACAUUUCCAAAAGUAACAGAGUCCUGUUAGCCAAAGGUAAAACAAAUAAAGAAAUUAUAAAAGACAUUUCUGAGAGGAAGAGACUCAGAGAAGAAAAACAAGAGGAUACAGCAGCCACAAAAAGUAAAAUAACAAAAUCAAAUAAAGAAAGCGAUUACUUUAAAGAGGAAAAAAGAAAAAUUUGGGAAUCUAUGGGCAGAAAAAUACCAUCAGUACUUGACAAUCCAAAAGAAAUAAAGCUAAAAAAAAUAGCCACACAAGGUAUGGUCCAGUUGUUUUCAUCAGUCAACGAACAUCAAAAGUUGAUAAAAGAAAAACUUUCCUAUGUUGGGUCUUCUGAGAGAAAAAAAGACCAAGUGAUGUCUGAGUUUACAAAAGGCAAAUUUCUGGACUUGUUGAAGAAAGAUCCAAAAAAACCUCAGGCUACAGACAGUUCAGGCAAAUGGGAUGUUUUAAAAGAUGACUACAUGAUGGGAGCCAACUUGAAGGACUGGGACAAAGCUGACAACAGUGACAGUGAUGCUGCUGAAGGGGAAGAAUCUAUGGAGGCUGAUGACUUCUUGUCUGAUGAUGAUUGAACCCUUUCUAAUGUUUACUCUUGACUUUGUUAUUCUGCAACAUGCUGUUGGUGCAAUGUUACAAAUGUACAUACACAGAAUAAACUCAAAUAGAACAGAC